GAAAUAUGGAACAGUCCAUAUUCAAAUGAUUCCUUCCCUGUUUACGCGGAAGAUAUUGAUGCCGGUGGUGAUGCAUCUCCUUCAACAGCCAUGCUUUCUGAAGUUGCUCGUCUUCUUAAAAUCACCAUAGUUGGUGGAUCUAUACCAGAACGUGUCAGGGAUAAGUUGUACAAUACUUGUUGCAUCUUCGGUUCUGAUGGAAAGCUUAAAGCUAAACACAGGAAGAUACAUCUUUUUGAUAUUGACAUCCCUGGGAAGAUUACCUUCAUUGAAUCAAAGACUUUGACUGCUGGCCAGAGUCCUACCAUUGUAGACACAGAAGUAGGGCGUAUUGGUGUAGGUAUCUGCUACGAUCUUCGGUUUCAGGAACUAGCUAUGAUUUAUGCAGCAAGAGGUGCUCACUUGUUAUGUUAUCCCGGGGCCUUUAACAUGACUACUGGACCAUUGCAUUGGGAGUUGCUGCAGAGAGCAAGGUAUUACAAGUGGUUUUUGCCUUUUUGUGUUCAGUGAUUGCAAA